CUUAUGUGAAAUCAUUUUUCUUAUAACCCACCUACUCAUUCCACCUGCAACCAACAGCCUCGCACCCUAACAUGCAGUUAACGAUUCAAUAAAAUAUUUCUCUCUUUAGUGCUCCUUAAAAUAAAAUGAUUAUAGUCCAUUUUCAUUGCAAUUUCCAACUCUAUCUCUGAUCUUUCUCUGUAUUGUGUGAUGGCCCAGACAACUCCAAACCACACGCUGACUGUUUCGGGCUGGGGCGCCCACGAUCCCUCUGGCAACAUCACACCUUACACCUUCAAGCGCAGAGAAAAUGGGGUGAAUGAUGUAACUAUAGAAAUCCUAUACUGUGGGAUAUGCCACACUGAUCUCCACCAAGUCAGGAACGACUGGGGCUCCACCAUGUACCCUAUUGUACCCGGCCAUGAAAUUACAGGGAUUAUAACGAAGGUGGGCAGCAAUGUGUCCAAUUUCAAGGUAGGUUACAGGGCAGGAGUAGGGUGCUUGGCAGCAUCAUGCUUGAACUGUGAUUACUGCAAAGAUGGACAAGAAAACUACUGUGACCAACUUCAGUUUACUUACAAUGGCAUUUUUUGGGAUGGUAGCAUCACUUAUGGAGGCUACUCCAAGUUUCUCGUAGCAGAUCAUAGGUAUCAUAUCAAGUCAAACAUAACUUGCACGAAAAUGUAUGCUAAAAUGAUGUGGGAUUUCAUAAAUUUGACAGGGAAGAGAGCUGUGAAGGGGAGCAUCAUAGGAGGCAUAAAAGAGAUGCAAGAGAUGUUGGACGUGUGUGGGAAACACAACAUAACAUGUGAGAUUGAAGUUGUCACGCCAAAUCAAAUUAAUGAAGCCUUUGAGCGACUUGCUAAAAAUGAUGUUAAAUACCGUUUUGUCAUUGACAUUGCUGGGAAAUCUUCAAAUCUAUAGAGGUUUUCUAUUCUGGUGCGUUUUCAGCACUAACCAUCAAUGUUUAGCUUCGUGUUUGCUCUUUUUGCUUUUGUUGUAUCUCCAAAUUUGUUCUCUGUUUUAAACAUGGACAUGUAAUAUGUUAAAUUGUCUGGAUUGAUUUCAAUUA